GCAGUUCCCACGUACUGCAAGAGCUGCAGGAGCGGCCGAGCCAGCGGCACCAGAUGCAGUACCUGCAGCAGAAAGACGUUAAUGAACUGAAAACAGUCCUUCGAGAGCUCAAGUACAGAAUUGGCAUUCAGUCGGCGAAGUUACUUCGGCAGCUGAAGCAGAAAGAUAGGCUUCUGCACAAAGUUCAGAAGAACUGUGACAUUGUGACCGCCUGCUUGCAGGCUGUGUCACAGAAGAGAAGAGUUGAUACAAAGUUGAAGUUCACUCUUGAACCAUCUUUGGGUCAAAAUGGUUUUCAGCAGUGGUAUGACGCCCUCAAGGCAGUUGCCAGACUGUCAACAGGAAUACCAAAGGAAUGGAGGAGAAAGGUUUGGCUGACCUUGGCAGAUCACUAUUUGCACAGUAUAGCCAUUGACUGGGACAAAACCAUGCGUUUUACUUUCAAUGAAAGGAGUAAUCCUGAUGAUGACUCGAUGGGAAUUCAGAUAGUCAAGGACCUUCAUCGCACGGGCUGCAGUUCUUACUGUGGCCAGGAGGCUGAGCAGGACAGGGUUGUGCUGAAGCGGGUGCUGCUGGCUUAUGCCCGAUGGAACAAAAAUGUUGGGUACUGCCAAGGCUUUAACAUCCUGGCUGCGCUAAUUCUGGAAGUGAUGGAAGGCAAUGAAGGAGAUGCGCUGAAAAUUAUGAUUUACCUUAUUGAUAAGGUACUUCCUGAGAGCUACUUUGUCAAUAAUCUCCGGGCUUUAUCUGUGGAUAUGGCUGUCUUCAGAGACCUCUUGAGAAUGAAACUCCCUGAGUUAUCUCAGCACCUCGAUAUUCUCCAGAGAACUGCAAACAAAGAAAGUGGAGGUGGGUACGAGCCCCCACUUACGAAUGUCUUCACGAUGCAGUGGUUUCUGACCCUUUUUGCUACGUGCCUCCCUAAUCAUACGGUUUUAAAGAUCUGGGAUUCGGUGUUCUUUGAAGGUUCAGAAAUCAUCCUGAGGGUGUCGCUGGCCAUCUGGGCCAAACUGGGAGAGCAGAUAGAGUGUUGUGAAACCGCAGAUGAAUUCUACAGUACUAUGGGGCGCCUCACCCAGGAGAUGCUAGAGAAUGAUCUUCUGCAAAGCCACGAACUCAUGCAGACUGUUUAUUCUAUGGCUCCAUUCCCUUUCCCACAAUUGGCUGAACUGAGAGAAAAAUAUACCUACAACAUCACACCAUUUCCAGCCACAGUUAAACCCACCUCCGUUUCUGGACGACAUGGUAAGGUCAGAGACAGUGAUGAAGAGAAUGACCCAGAUGAUGAAGAUGCUAUUGCCAAUGCAGUGGGGUGUCUUGGGCUUUUUAGUGGGCUCCUGGCACCUGAACUGCAGAGGUACCAAAAGCAAAUUAAAGAGCCAGAUGAGGAGCAGAGUCUGAGAUCUAACAAUAUCGCAGAGCUGAGUCCAGGAGCAAUCAAUUCCUGCCGAAGCGAAUACCAUGCAGCUUUUAAUAGUAUGAUGAUGGAGCGUAUGACCACAGAUAUCAACGCCCUGAAGCAGCAAUACUCCCGAAUUAAAAAGAAGCAACAGCAGCAGGUCCACCAGGUGUACAUUAGGGCAGGCUCUAAAGAAGAAAAGCAUAAAAGGUUCUUUUUAGGUCUCCAGGACCAGGCAGCUGAUGACAAAGGGCCAGUGACCAGCAUCCUCCCAUCUCAGGUAAACAAUUCUCCGGUUAUAAACCAUCUUCUUCUAGGAAAGAAGAUGAAAAUGACAAACAGAGCUGCCAAGAAUGCUGUCAUUCACAUUCCUGGUCACUCAGGAGGCAAAAUAUCUCCCGUCCCCUUUGAAGACCUUAAGUCGAAGCUCAACUCUCCGUGGCGAACUCAUAUCCGAGUCCACAAAAAGACCAUGCCACGGACCAAGAGUCACCCGGGCUGUGGGGACACCAUAGGGCUGAUAGAAGAGCAGAGCCAGGGCUGCAAGGCCAGCACCCUGGGGGCUGCAGAGGAGUUUGCCUCAGGUUGUGCAGCCCCCGCUCAAGGAGAAGGCGGUCCUGGGAGAACAAUCGAAGGCCAGUCUCCAGAGCCAGUGUUUGGAGAGGCCGAUGUGGAUGUGUCUGCUGUGCAGGUGAAGUUAGAAGCCUUGGAACUGAACCAAAGGGAGGCUGCUGCUGAAACUGUGCCCACGGUUCCCCCGCCCUGCCCAAGGCACUUCCCAGAUCUGCCUGAUGCACCUGGAGAAAACAAAACCACCAGCAAACCUCUCCAAGGAAGCACCUCGAAAACCCCCAUCUUCAGCCCUUUCCCCAGUGUCAAGCCACUGCGGAAAUCAGCCACCGCCCGGAAUUUGGGAUUAUAUGGACCCACAGAAAGAACCCCCACCUUGCACUUCCCUCAGAUGAGCAGGAGCUUCAGCAAACCUGGCAGUGGGAACAGUGGCAGCAAGAAACGGUGAUGUCUCCCAGAAACUUUGUCUAGACUCGCUUCGUCCUGGUGGUGUAAGGGUCCUGACUGAGCUCCUCCAAGUGUUUUAUCUGUCCAGUGAAAACAAAUAGAUAGGUUCAGAGAUUGGCAACAGUCCAUACAAAUGGGAAGUAGAAGUUUUAUAAUGGGAACUAGGAUUAGGGGUGUUUUCCUGUCUACUGGAUAACUGAUGAAGUGGGUUCUUGUGGCAAAAUAAACAUUGUGAUUUUAGUGCAAAGUUUUCCCAGUUUUCGAUUGUGAGCUGUUUAGCAAAGACUGUAUAUCAAGACUGUUAACCCGUUUUUUAUCCUCCUGUUCUUGAGGACCCUCAAGGUCCCAGUGACAAUAUCCCCAAACCUUCCAGUUCUCUGGGGUUACUAACACCCAAGCAUGCACUCACCAAUUUGCAAGAAGAGAAACUUCAAAAAGAAAGUUUCUUCCUUGCAAACAACUUUCUGAUUUUCCUCUUCAUACUCUAUUGGGCGGUUGACUGUAUGUCUUUUCCCUCAGUACCAGUCUCAAAAUUGUUUUUUUAUUAUGCUAAAGUGUAGGACAACAAUUUAAAUAGCCUUUCUUCAAUUUUCUGUUUCUAUUUGUAAUGUGAAGAAAACCUUUAAUCUGUUGACAUGGAGGCUGAUAACCAACUUGAAGAUCUUAUGCAGAGAAAACACGUGGGAUAUGCAUUUGAAAUUGCUCUCAACAGUUGGGUCACUUCUCUAAGCUUUUCCUGAGGUUCAUUUUUGCCUUGCCAGGAGCGCUUUUGUUCUCAGUGGUGUGGACGACUCGGGGGGCUCUGCACGGAGCUCGCCCUGCAUCCUCUGCCAUUCAGCUCAUUGACCCACCAGCUCUCCAUGUAGAUGCAAAAGGCCUCUGCUGAAAAGCCACAGCAUAGCCCCUGCAACUCUGUUACUUGAAUUUUGUGCUUUUUUGAUUGAAGUACUUUGUUUAGUACUUUGUUACUUGAACACUGCCUUUCUUUGGAGAAGGCCUCAGUGCUUUCUAGCUCUCUCUCACCCACUCCUGCCCUAGUCCCAGAGGGUCAGAGAUAACCCCUCUUAUCUCCACUAUGCAGAUGGGAACUCUGAGCCACACAGAGGUGAAGUAGCCCUUCAGUUAUUCAAGGUAAACACUCCUGGUAUUCCAUGCAACUUAGUCGCAUUCCCUCCAGUGCAAUAGGUGAGUUUCAUGCUCUUUGUACACAAAUGCAUCGGCUACAUAUUUUGCAAAAACGAAGACUGGAAAGCCAUUCACUACACUCCCUGUGACUCAAAGGACCUUUAUCCAGAUGAUGUAGAGUCUCGUGAUGGCAUUUCACAAAAGCAGCUCUGACCUUCUUAUCCUGUAAAGCUAAUUAAUUUUUAGAAUGUUUUAUGCACCUGUCAUUUGACCAGACAAAAGACUCACUCCUCACUCUUUCAUCUCCAUCAGCAGAAGAAUAG